AUGGAAAAUAUUAUUCAACAACCAUUUAUUAAUUAUACUCAGUUACUUGCUAUUAUUGAUUCAGGUAAAUUUCAAGAACAACUUGCUAAAUGGUAUUUACAAAUAAUUGAAAAUGGUGUAGUUUCAUUUGUAACUCAAAAAGGUGUUAAGAUGUCAAUUAUAGGAAAAGAUUAUAAUACAAAACCAACUGAUUUAAAUGAAAUUAAAAGAAAUUGUGAUAUAUUUGAUAAAUUGUUAGAUCCUAAGAAUGAAGAUAAAAUAAGAAAUGAAUUAGUUAUUCCAAUUACUUCAAUUAUUUAUCCUAUAAUAAAACAAGUAUUAUUAAUAUUUAGAUAUAUCUUAUUGUUUGUUAUUCUUCUUUCUUUUAUUUUCAAUUCAUUUAUAAAAUAUAUUAAAAUUUUUAGAAUUGAAUUUAAUAUUCCAUUAAAUCAAUCUUUAAAUUUAACUUCUACAAAUUCUUUUCAACAAAAAGUUAUUGGAGAUUAUUUGUAUUUAUCCUCUUUAAUGGAUGAAACUAAAGUUAAAAAAGGAAAGACUGAAGUUGAUGUUGUAACAUUUGUUGGUUUAAUUUAUAAUUGUCUUAUAAGGAUGACUUGUGAAUGUAAAACUAGUUAUAAACACUGGUCACAAUAA